AUGCGGCGACCUAGUGCGUUCCAGUACCGCCCCGCGCCAGCGCCUCAAGCCGAGCGCAACGAGGUCUGGGACGCAGUGUAUGCACAAGACUAUGCGCGCGCCCAAGCGCUUCUUCUUCAGAGUGCGCACAUACCCAGCAUCAACCGACCGCACGGCAUCUGGGGCAACACGUGCGCGCACGUUGCUGUGCUGCACAACAACCGCAAGCUCGUCGCGCUUCUUUUGCUGCACAAGGUCGAUCUGAAUGCCAUCAAUAUCAACGGCACCACGCCGCUGCACUUUGCCGUCGAGCAGCGCCGCACGGAUAUGGUCAAGUACCUCGUCGAGAAUGGCGCGUCGCCGAGCAAGCGCAACUAUACGUUCAAGUCACCUUUGGAGCUCGCCAAGAUGCUUCCAGACAACAAAGCCAUGGUCAAGCUGCUCCAAGAUGCCUACAACGUCGAGCGGGGGCGGCCAACUUGCAGCCAUAGUACUUAGUGAGCAAGAAGAUAAUGUAUCAUUUGGCCAUAAAGUGGAG